ACAAAAUUCCUCUCACUACAACAACGAACAGUAUAAUGGGCUACUACAGUUCUAGCUUGGGAGAUAAAUCUCUUGCCAUUGACCUCAAUACUUCCAUUAAUAUGGAUUGUGAAGCCGCUGAUACUUCUGGCAAUAGCAACUCAUCUGUGGGAGAUCAGAAGCAUGGUUUGUUGAUGGAAGAGUUGAAAGUGACGAAAAUGGAGAACAAGAAGUUGACGGCAAAGCUUACAGAGGUGUGUGAAAACUACUGCGCCUUGCAGAACCACUUCUUAGGGCUUCUGAAGACCCACGGCGCCGACGACGACCUCCUCGGGAAGAGAAAGUCGGCCGACGACGACGGCGACUGCUACGGCGCGGCGGCAGCGUCUUCCCCGAAGAGGCCCAGGGAAACAAGGACACCUGUAUCUAGGGUUCGUGUGAAAACAGAUCCCUCUGACAUGAGCUUGGUGGUGAAAGAUGGGUACCAAUGGCGGAAGUAUGGGCAAAAAGUGACAAGAGAUAAUCCUUCUCCAAGAGCCUACUACAAAUGCUCUUUUGCACCUUCUUGCCCAGUCAAAAAGAAGGUACAAAGAAGUGUUGAGGAUCCAUCAAUUCUAAUAGCCAUAUAUGAAGGAGAGCACAAUCACCCACACCCGACCCAGCCCGAAGUAUUAUCCGUUCCAUUACCACAAGGCUUCACACCACAAUCAAUCUGCAGCCCGGUUUCAGAUGUAGACAAUUCUUCGAGCCCUGCCCGAUUGGAUAUUCGGGCCAAACUUCAGAGAUCUCUUACUUCAAUUGAUUCAGUGGAACUCCAACACUUUUUGGCUGAGAAAAUGGCUUCUUCUUUGACCAAAAACCGGAGCUUCACGGAUGCGCUGGCGGCGGCGAUUUCCGACAGAAUUCUCCUCGACCAUGCGCUAGCAGAUUCAUGUUCAUGAUUCCAUCCAUCAACCUAUGUAGUUUAGUACAUUAAAGUGUACAAAAUAUUAAUAAUAUGGUGCAUCAAAUUAAACCUUGUUGGCCGUACGUGUGAUAUUAGAAUAGGAAAACAAAAUUUGGUUCAAUGAAAAGAAACAAUUAAUGUAAAUUUGUUGAAUGCCAAACUAGGGUAACAAACUUGGAGGUUA